AUGCGGCACAUCGCCGUGCGUGCGCGUGUCGCAUUUGCAGCUCCGGUUCGACUCAGACGACGGGUUGGACUGCGAGCGCCCUUGCUCCGUGCAGGACUCGCCGCGCUGCCGCCCGCAACUCGUGCAGUGCGGGUGGGAGGGAGCUGCGGAAACAGGCGUGCGGGGAGUGGCGCUGGGGGGAACGGCGAUGGGGGGGAAGAACGGUGGGAAAGGGAGGGCGUUGGGAUGGGUGCUGCGUUCUCUGUGUUACGCCCUUCUUCCCCCUUUCCCCUCUCUGUCUUACACCCUUCUUCCUCUAUUCCCCACUCUGCCUUACCCCCUUCUUCCGCCUUUCCACCCUCUCUGCCUUACGCCCUUCUUCUCCCUUUUCCCCUCUUCCUUCCACCCUUCUUCCCCCUUUCCUCUCUCUUCCCUACACCAUUCUUCCCCCUCUCCCCUCUCUACCCCCCACCCUUCUUCCCCCACCAUGCGUUCUCUCCCUUACGUCUUGCUAAACCCCUUUUCCCUCUCUUCCUUACGCCCUGCUUCCCCCUCUCUCUUCUCUGCCUUACGCCCUGCUUCCCCCCUUUCCCCUAUCUUCAUUAUACCCUUAUUCUUCCUUUCUACCCACUCUGCCUUACCAUUUUUAUCUCCCUUUCCUUCUCUCGCAUUCACCCUGCUUCUCCCUUUCCCCUCUCUUCCGUACACCCUUCUUCCCCCGCCUUGCAUUCUCUGUCUUACGCCCUGCUUCCCCCUUUCCCUCUCUGCCUUAAGCCCCUUUUCCCCCUUUCCCUAGUCUCCCUUACCCCCUUCUUCCACGUUUCCACCCUCGGUGCCUUACGUCUUGCUUCCCCUUUUCCCCUCACUGCCUUACACCCUUCUUCCCCUUUUCCCCUGUCUCCCCUACCCCCUUCUUCCGCCUUUCCACCCGCUCUGCCUUCCCCCCUUCUUCCGCCUUUCCACCCUCUCUUCCUUUCACCCUUCUUCCCCUCUUUCUUUUCUUCCUUUCACCCGUCUUCCCCCUUUCCGCCCACUGCGGCACGCCCUGCUCCCGCCUUUCCCCUUCCUGUCCCUCUGCGCCUUCAUCCUAGGUGCGCCCUUCCCUCUGCGCCCAUGUCUCACUUCUCCCUCCCUUCGCUGCUCGGUGUUGUGUUGAACGUCUAUGCCUAG